UCUUGGUGGGCACCGUGGGUAACUCCAUCACGGCGUACACGCUGGUGCGGAAGAAGUCUCUGCAGAACCUGCAGAGCACUGUGCACUACCACCUGGCCAGCCUUGCCUUCUCUGACCUCCUCAUCUUCCUCCUCUGCAUGCCCAUCGAGCUCUACAACUUCAUCUGGGUCCAUCACCCCUGGGCUUUUGGGGGGGCUGUCUGCAAGGGCUACUACUUCCUCCGGGAUGCCUGCACCUAUGCCACAGCACUCAACAUCGCCAGCCUCAGCGUGGAGCGGUACAUGGCCAUCUGCCACCCCUUCAAAGCCAAGAGCAUCAUGUCCCGCAGCCGCACCAAGAAGUUCAUCAGCUGUAUCUGGAUUGCCUCCUUCCUCCUUGCCAUCCCCAUGAUCUUCACCAUGGGGGAGAUCUACGGCAAGGACCAGGAUCCUGACUCCCUUAUCUGUACCACCAUCGUGGAUGCCUCCACACUGAAGACGGUCAUCCAGGUCAACACUUUCAUCUCCUUCGUGUUCCCCAUGGUCGUCAUUUCUGUGCUCAACACCAUCAUCGCCAACCAGCUCAUGGUCAUGUUCAAGCAGGCUGCCCAGGAAAACCAGGUCUGCACCAUCGGUGGGCAGCAGACGAUGCUCAGCAUGUCCAUGGAGCCCAGCCGCGUGCAAGCCUUGAAGCACGGCGUGAGGGUCCUCCGUGCUGUGGUGAUUGCCUUUGUGGUCUGUUGGCUCCCUUAUCACAUACGGCGUCUCAUGUUUUGCUAUGUCCCCUCCAGUCACUGGACAGAUUUCCUUUUCAACUUCUACCACUACUUCUACAUGCUGACAAAUGUCCUCUUCUACGUCAGUUCAGCAAUCAACCCCAUCCUCUACAACCUGGUGUCUGCAAACUUCCGACAGAUCUUCCUCUCUACACUCACACUCCUGUGCCUGCCUUGGAGGAAGAAGAAGAAACGACUGGCCUUCACCAGGAAAUCCAAUAGCAUCUCCAGCAACCACACAUUUUCCAGUCAAGUCACAAGGGAAACUACAUACUGAAGCCAAAGGAGGAAGGGAAAUGAGUUUCAUCAUGGAGUCAAAACUUGAGAGGCCUCUGUGACUUUCAUGUAUGGUCUCCGAAUUCAUGUAACAGAAAUGUGUUUAGCAAAGUCAUUUUUGUUGGAAAAAUAGGCUU